AUGACACGUUUCCUGACGCCUGCGAAGAUUGGCUUACUGGCGCUAAUCGAGCUCUAUACUGAUGCCAUUGUCCCCAACUCGUCUACGAUCCCUAUCCUCUCAUUCAUACUCAAUCAGCUGCUACCCUCUGCGUUCAAGUCACAGACUCGAGAAGCUAACCUGCUGCACACAAUACCGUUUAUCCUCGACCUAAAAAGCUUUGAAUCCCUUCUCACACGCCACUCUGCAGCUGCUGGACUACCAGGAAGAUCUUUGUGGGACCACUUCCUCCGGAAAUUGUGGGAAGUAGAUAAUUUAGAUGCACUGCAUUUAUUCUUUGUAACAAGGGGCAAUCUUUUGGCCAGGUACCAUGAGGAGAUCAAGAAAGAUGAAGAGUUGGGAAUUCCCCCUCCUUCUGAUGACAUGAUUCUUCUCUCGCGUACUUCCCCGCUCGGAAGCUUCAUUCGCAGAGCCAAGGUGGAAUACGAGCGAUUGAGAUUCAGUGACGCCUUGUCAUUGUGGAUUGCAUUUGUCCAGUGGAGGGAAGAGUCGAGGCUAUGCUGGGCGAGAAGGAAUGGCGGACUUGAGCGCUGGGCCGGAAACAGGGCGCUCGCCGAAGGACAACAGGAGUGGGGAUUGGAAGCAACGGAAAUUUUGGAGCAUAUUACGUACGGCGCUUUAUCCUUAGAGGGUUCUGAUAAGGGAGGACUUAGCACCGACGAUGUUGAAAAGUUACUGGAAUUCCAAGUUGAGCAGAUGCAGAAGCUCGGAAACAGGAUUCCAGACGAUGUCAAGAGGAAAUUCAGGAGUAUCAUGGAUAAGAAUAUCAUAAUCCCUAGUUUGUCCCAUUACCUGAACUUCCUUGACGCAUGGAGAGCCGGAGACUAUCCUACAUCAUUUGACAACCUCCACCGAUACUUUGACUAUACAAUGCAAAAUCGUGACCGCCUCUUCUACCAAUACGCCUUGAUGAAUCUCGCUGUUCUACAGGCUGACUUCGGGUGCUUCGAUGAGGCUGUAGCUGCUAUGUUGGAGACCGUAUCAAUUGCCAGGGAAAACAAAGACAUGGCUUGCCUGAACUUCGCCCUCAACUGGCUGUACCAUUUCGGCAAGGCACAUCCCAAAAUCAUGAAACGGACCGAUUCUACCAAUAUUCUAGGUGUUGAGAGAGAGGGCCUUGCAUUUCUGAGAAUUAAAGCAAAGGAGACCGGGAUGUGGACCCUUUGGAGCUCAUCGUUACUCAGCGAAGCAAAACUUGGAAUGUCAAAUGGAGAAAGUGUGGCCACCGCCCUUGAAAACCUCCUCAAGAGCUCGCAACUCAUCGUUGAAAAAAAUAUGAAAAGCAUGAUGGGCCCGCAGAUAGCAAUGCACUCUUCCUUAUGGGGACGUCUGGGCGUGGCUCGUCUCUCAAGGCAGUACUGCGAUAUAUUCCUUAGCUGUCAUUCUCGGUUUGCUCUCUUUGACGACACCUUGAGAUUUACAUGCCGAGUUGCACAUCUACUUGUAGAGAGAGGUCGGUAUGACGAGGCCAUGGAGAAGUUAGAAGGCUUGGAUGCAAACUCGCUUCGGUCUUGGAAAUCUAACCAGUAUUGGCUCAAGUAUCGAGGCAUUCUUCGGCUCAAGCGAUAUUUGCACAGGAAUGACUUGAGUGGUGCCGACUGCCUCAUUUCACAGCUGCUCCAGUGCAAUGGAUCUGAAACCGAUACAGAUCUUGCUUUCGAAACCAAUACCCUCCACAUCGACUAUCUUAUUCGACGCACAAACUACGGUCGAGCUUUGGCUAAGAUUGAGCAGUUGGCUUUUGAGAUGAAGGCGGAUGGGGAUGAUCUUAACCUCCGGAUCAAGCUUCUCACAAUGAAGGCGCUACUACAAGACAAAGCUGGACGGCCUCAAAAAGGUUUCUCAAUUGCAGUGCGAGCAGCAAGCAUUGCUUGGCGAGCACGGCUUAUCCCAGCCCUUUGGGGCGCAAUGGGCAGCAUCGCUAAUAUCAUGACCUCUUUGUCGGAGUUUCAGGCCUCGUGCCAGAUUCUAAUCGCCAUUAUUCCUCGAGCUCUCGAAUACGAGAACUGUACAUUGAAUGCUCAAUUAUAUUCCUUCCUGGCCGACGCGUACAUGGGACUUGCUGGACAAGCAGAGCCAGGAAGCAUGAAGAGGAAACAGAACCUUACAAGGUGUCUAGAGUUCGUCGGUCGCGCUUUUGAUGAGUACUCAGCUGUAGAGGAUAUCAAGGGCCAGUCCGAAAUGAUGGCAAAGAAAGCAACCAUCAUGAAGAUUUGGGGGGAGAAUAUCUUGGCGAAUGAUUAUGCCAGCGGUUACCUGGACUUGAAAAAAGGAACGUUGGUUUGA